AUGACAUCGCUACGCCAAAAAGGCCCACUAUGCUCCCUCGCUCCAGCUAUUUUACCAUCAGCCAAAACACUUCCAGGCCGGACAAUCACCCUCGAGAAACUGGAGCCAAAACAUGCCGAGGAUCUAUUCAAUGUCACUGGUGGGACUGACCCAGCAAGAGGAUCUCUCUGGGAUUACAUGUUCGACGAACCGUACUCCGACCUCAAAACAUUCCAGGAAAGCAUCGCUUCCAAAUCCACUUCCAAUGAUCCAUUUUUCUAUGCAAUUAUCGAUCAGCGCAAGACACUGCCCACCUUCGGAAAGGCAGUUGGUUAUUUGUCUUUGAUGCGAAUGGUUCCCAGCCACUUAAACAUCGAAAUCGGGAAUGUGAUGUACUCGUCUACUCUCCAGCGCACUACUGGAGCCACGGAGGCGAUCUAUCUCCUGGCACAGCAUUCAUUCCAUGAUCUUGGGUACCGGAGAUUGGAAUGGAAGUGCCAUUCGCUGAAUGAGCCUUCGAGGCGUGCUGCUUUGCGCUUAGGUUUUACAUUCGAGGGAAUCUUCCGGCAACAUAUGAUUGUGAAAGGAAGGAGCAGGGAUACAGCUUGGUUUUCGAUUUUGAAGGAUGAGUGGGAUACAUCCUUGAAAUCUUCAAUGGACAAGUGGCUGGAUGCUGAAAACUUUCGAGAUGAUGGUAGUCAGAUCAAGUCAUUGCAGGAUUUGAGGGCUGAGCUGGGGGCAUGA